AUGGCAUCGGAAACGAAGCGCCAGAAUGCGGGAAACAAAGUGCCUGUUGCCUUGCCCAACAGUGUCGCUCCACCCUCUCCUACCGUCUCUCCAGAGACUGUGCUAAGCGGCGUAAUGGGUGCACGCGUGCGCGUAACCACCAGUGCACCCACUUCGGCCACCUAUGAAGGUCUCCUCUACACAGCAGAUCCCAUCACGAACCUCCUCGUCCUUUCCAUUCCCCCUUCAUCGUCCUCUGCACCCACUGCCGCUGCAUCCAACUCCAAUCCCACCAGCAACUCCACGUCCUCCUCUACGCCGCCCACCAACACCUUCAAAAUUCUCCCCAUUCGCACUCUCACCUCCUGCACUGUCCUCUCCACCCCCUCAAAUCCUAUACCAACACCCAAUAACAACAACACCCUCUCCAAACCCAACCCCAGCCUUCCCCAACCCACAUACCUCGACAUCCCCUCCCUGACCACCCGCACCAACUCCACCGUCGCCGCCCUCAAAGCCCAAGACGCCAAACGCGGCCGCGGCGUGACCCGCGAAGCCCAAGACAUCUUCGACGGCAUCUCACGCACCUACCAAGCUCGAUGGCACGGCACCGCCAUGGUGGUGAAUGAGAACGUGAUCAUCGAGCACCCAUACCACGUGGAUGAUUGUCGGCUGGUGGGUGGGAGUGCGGAACAGGGGCUCCUGAGGAUCCAAAAGGUAUUGGGCAUGGAGCGGGAGAAAUUGGCGUUGCGGAGGGGUUUGGGGAGUGGUGGCAUCGGGCUGGGUCUGGGCGUGGGGAGGGCCAGAGGAGGAGGAGGAGGAGGAGGAUUGUCGAACAUGGGUGGUGGGCUGGGGGAGAGGAAGGGUGGUUGA